CUAACAGUGACAUGAUGAUGUUUCAGGAGCUCAGUAUUUUGACAACACGUCUCCAAAAGAAAAGGAGGAUGACAUGGUGAAACCCAACAGUGAGCAUGUAUACUACUGGGAGGUGACACCUGACGUCUCGCCCAAGCCCGCUGACCCCGCAUGCCUCACCUACUCGUACAUCUCCCACAUGAACUUGGUGGAGGACUUCAACUCUGGCCUCAUUGGCGCUUUGCUCAUCUGCAAGAAUGGGAGCUUGGACGAGUCAGGCAUGCCAGCUGGUGUCAAACGAGAGUUGGUCCUACUCUUUGGGGUCUUUGACGAGCGAGAAAGUAUCUAUAAGCCAAAGGACCGGUCCUUGGACCACGUCCACCACACCAUUAAUGGUUAUACCAAGGGAGCACUACCUGGUUUGAGCGUAUGCGCAUAUUCCUCGGUGAAUCUUUACCUGCUGGCCAUGAGCUCCGAGCCAGAGCUGUUCUCGGUGCACAUCACAGGGCAGGUGCUGCAGCACAUGCGCCACAAGGUGUCGUCCUUGGGCCUCAUCAGUGCCUCCUCGACCACCGCCAGCAUGGUGCCUGUGCACAUCGGCCGCUGGAUGCUAUCAUCGCACGUGCUCAAGCAUAUUGAAGAGGGCAUGCAUGCCUUCUUGGAUGUGAGAGAGUGUGAGGGCAUUCAAGCACCCCGGCGGAGGAUUAGCCCCCAGCAAAGGCGUGAAAGCACGGAGUGGACAUACUACAUCGCUGCUGAGGAGGUCGUCUGGGACUAUGCACCCAAUAUGCCCGAACAUAUUGACAAGAGCUACAAGCUCCAAUACCUGCAACAGUCCCCAACCCGCAUUGGCAGGAAGUACAAGAAGGUCAGGUACACAUUGUAUAAUGAGUCUUUCACAGAACGUAUAGAGAACAUGCAGAGGAAAAGUGAGCUUGGCAUUUUGGGUCCGGUAAUAAGAGCGCAAGUCAGAGACGUCAUCAAGAUUGUAUUCAAGAACAUGGCCUCCAGGCCAUACAGCAUCUAUCCACAUGGACUAACAAUCAAAAAGUCAGAAGAGGGCAUGAACUACCCAGAAGGAGGCAACAAGACGCAUGCCGUCCAGCCGGGCGAGACGUUCACAUAUGUUUGGCGAGUGGCCGAGGAGGACGGGCCUCUGAAAGGAGACUCCAGGUGUCUGACACGAAUGUACCAUAGCGCAGUGGACACGCCGCGCGACAUAGCCUCAGGUCUGAUCGGACCGCUCCUCAUCUGCAAGAGUCAGUCGCUCAAUGUCAGGAAUGUGCAGGUCAAAUCAGAUAAAGAGCAACACGCUAUGUUCGCUGUGUUUGAUGAAAACAAGAGCUGGUACCUGGACGACAACAUUCGGCAGUUCUGCGAUCGAUCCCAAGUCAACAUGGCAGACCCCAGCUUUUACAAGUCCAAUGUCAUGCACACUAUCAAUGGCUAUGUGUACGAGAGUGGAGCACUCUUGGGCUUCUGCAACGGUGAAGUGGCAACAUGGCAUGUGUCCAGCAUUGGCGCACAGGACUACAUUCAGACGGCAACGGUCUACGGGCAUCCAUUUGAACUGAAUAACCGCAUGGAAGACAUCCUUAGCCUCUACCCAAUGACUGGCGAUACCAUUACAAUGAGGAUGGAAAACAUUGGUGUUUGGCUUCUGGCAUCGCUGAAUUCACAUGAGACAACCAAAGGAAUGCGCUUGAAGUUCCAGGAUGUCGAGUGCUUCCGUGACCAUCGCUAUGAGUACUCCGAAUAUGAAGAGCCAGGAAAAAUGGAAUUUGAUUUGUGGAAGCCCCCGACUAAGAAUGAAAUCCUGAAUAAGAAGGAGGAGGAAAUGACAAAGCCAAAAGAGCCUACCCCAAAUACAGUGGCGACUGAUGACUACACAGAGAUGUUUGCUAGCGAGUUAGGACUCAGGUCACUGAAGAAUCAAACUUCAGUGGAUAGUGUGGAGAAGAUUGACUUAUCUUUUCUUGACUAUGAUGCUGUUGAUGUGCCAGAUGGAAAAUUGACAAUUAGAACAAAAAACUCAAUAUACGGUAGUACAAGCGUGUCACAAGAUGAAGGCCCAAAAAGUAGUGCUUCUGGGUUGGCUCCAAGUCGUGAUAAUGAAAGCGCUUCCAAGAUGGAUAAAACAACAUUUUGUAACACAACAGCUUCAUUAAAGUCCGGGAACAUAUCAACCUUAGGUACCAAUCGGACUGAACCAACACUUGCAAAGUCAACAUUAGAAGCUGAAAAUUUGAAUAUAACUUUAACGGCUGAUAAUCUGACCUCUCUGUGCUUGGAGGAGAAAUCAAAAGUAAACCAGACACAAGGGGACUUAUUUCCCGACUCUGACAUGAGCAACAUUACAAUCUUGGAAAGCCAAAACAGCACUGCAGUUGAUGCUGUCCACCGAGCUAAUGCAACUAGUGACCUUGAGUAUGGACCUCUGAAGUCAGCAAAGAGUACCAGCUCAAACGGUACAUCUCCCUUAAACAAGACUCAGAUCUCAGGUAUCUCGCAGCCCAUUGAUGGUCUCACAUCAGGGGAUAUAAACGAUUCAGAAAGCAGUGAGGAAGUGUUUAUAUACCUCAACCAAAACCACACGGAGGUGAUUAAAACCACCUCUGUGAAGACAGAGGGUCACAACUGGAUUUACGAUGGGACUCCCAAAAAGGUACCAAUGGAAAUUCCAGACCACAUGGUGAAAUACAUGAAGGAAACCCCGAAACCCAAAAAGACAACAAAGAUCAAGAUGGUUAACAUCCGACAGUGGCCACAGAAGGGACAAGGUAUGAAAACAAGGAAGCGGAAAGUAUACAAGCCGGAGGUCACAAGCGGUUUACCUCUCUCUCCUCGUGGAUUUAACCCUCACAUAACCCCAAGGGGGUCACGCCCCGCUUCACCACGAGCCGCCCCAGAUGAGGAACAGCUCAUUAACAUGCCUGUGGUCAUUGGUGUGCCUAGGCCAGAUUUCAGCGACUAUGAGUUUUAUAUCCCAGGAGAUGAGCCUGACCAUUUAUCUUUAGAUAGGCAGGAUUUGAAGGCAGACGAAUAUGAGUAUGUAAACUACAAAGACCCCUACAGCGCUCAUCAAGACCUCAAGAACUUCAACAUAGAGGAGACCGCUAAAUACUACUUAAAGCAUUCAGGGUCGAAUUUCAAGAUGUACUUCAUUGCUGCAGAGGAGGUUGAAUGGGACUAUGCUGGCAGUGGAGAGAGAAAGCAGGCAAGAUCGCACCAUAGUCGCCGGAACACUAAGUUCAAGAAGGUGGUAUUCCGUGGUUACACGGAUGGGCUCUUCAAAACUCCUGAAAUCCGUGGUGAGAAGGAAGAGCAUCUAGGUAUCCUGGGGCCCGUCAUCAAGGCUGAGUAUGGACAAAGCAUCAUGGUGGUGUUCAAAAACAAAGCCAAUCGUCCAUUCUCCUUACACCCGAACGGGGUUUCUUAUACCAAGUGGACAGAAGGUCUGUCCUAUGAGGAUAGUUCCAAACCCUGGUACAGAGAUGAUAAUGAAGUUCCACCCAAUGGCAAUUUCACAUAUAUCUGGAAAGUUCCACGAAGGCCUGCGCAUAGUCCAGAUGAGCCUCACUGUCAGACUUGGACCUAUUAUUCUGGUGUUAAUCCUGAAAAGGAUAUCCAUUCUGGCUUGAUUGGACCUUUGUUGGUGUGCCCAGAGGGCACUUUAAAGAAUGUGACAAACACAAGGGAGUUCGCGCUGCUCUUCAUGACGUUUGAUGAGUCGCAGAGCUGGUACUAUGAGGAGAACCGCGAGCUAAUGCAGCGGAAAAGACGAAGAGGAGCUCUGGACCCUAUCCUCAAAGAGACCCUCCAGUUCCAUUCCAUCAAUGGUAUCACGUUUAGCCUUAAGGGCCUAAAGAUGUAUACGAACCAGCUCAUCCGGUGGCACCUGAUCAACAUGGGAUCUCCCAAAGAUUUCCAGAGCAUCCACUUCCACGGACAGACAUUCUUCCACACGACAACCACCAGCAACAGACACGCAGUCUAUCCGCUGCUUCCCGGAAGUUUCGCUACCCUGGAGAUGUAUGCAUCCAAGCCUGGCCUUUGGCAGCUGGAGACAGAAAUUGGCAUCAACCAGCAGCGAGGGAUGCAGACGCUCUUCUUAGUCCUUGACAGCGACUGCUUCCACCCUCUGGGCUUACAAUCGGGCAGUGUGAAAGAUGAACAGAUCACAGCCAACCAGAGCCGAGGAUACUGGGUGCCACAUCUUGCCAGAUUGAACAAUAAAGGCAAAUACAAUGCGUGGAGCACAGAUCAGAGCAACAAUUUCAUUCAGGUGGACUUUCUGCGUCCCGUGGUGAUCAGCCAGGUGGCCACACAAGGAGCCAAGCAGCUCUUCCAAUCCCAAUUCGUCACAAAUUAUUCCAUAUCCUACAGCAACGACCGCAGGAGCUGGAUCCUCUACAAGGGAGACAGCAAAUACCCAAUAAAGGUGUUUCCUGGGAACCAGGAAGCCUAUGUGACACAAACAAACACUUUUUCCCCACCCUUGAUUGCACGGUUCAUUCGGCUCCACCCUGUGCAUUGGUACAACAUGGCCACGGUGCGCAUGGAGUAUUACGGCUGUGAGCUCGAUGGCUGCUCAGUCCCUCUCGGGAUGGAGAACGGCCUGAUCGAGGAUCGUCGCAUUUCGGCAAGCUCUGUGAACUCCAACUGGUAUUUCGGAGCCUGGAGUCCCUUUUUUGCUCGCCUUAACAAACAAGGAGCUGUCAACGCAUGGCAAGCAAAGUACAGAGACAUGAAGCAGUGGCUUCAGGUGGAGCUGCCGGAUGUCAUGAAGAUAACGGGUAUUGUCACUCAAGGAGCCAAGUCACUGGGGAAAGAAAUGUAUGUCACCACAUACACUCUAAAGUACAGUGACAAUGGCAUCCACUGGCGCGACUACGCAGAGGAUGAGGACCGACCAGCUAAAAUCUUCUUUGGGAACACUGACAACAACGAACAUGUCAAGAAUUUCAUCUACCCUCCCAUUUUUUCACGCUUCAUCCGAAUCAUCCCCAGAACCUGGAUGGGCUCCAUCACACUGCGGGUAGAGCUGUUGGGCUGCAACUUUGAAUGACAUCGAUCAUCAUGCGCAGCACACUGCCAUAUGAAUCAAAAGAUUCUACAUUUCCAACGACAACAAGUCUGAGUUUUGAUUGAGUCUAUCAGAUUAUUUUGCUCCCAUACCUUAAUAUAGUCAGCAAACAUGAAGAACAGCUCUGCGUACGAUGUGGUGAAAUGUUACACAACUGCAAACUACAUCUACAAAAAUAUUAUAAAUGAAUAUUUUGCAGUCGAUCCAUCCAUAUUGUUAAAAAAAAAAAAAAAUCCAUAAAUUCUAUAAAUGUUUGGCAGCUUGGUUGCUGGAUUAUUUCUGUAAAACUACAUUAAUUCAUCUUUACAGAGUACCACAUAUAUUUUACAGUAUAGUAUGUUAAGUAAGACAACAAAUACAGGUUUUAGGUGGCAAAUUGAGCAAUUAUUUUAUGUUGAAUGAAUACCAAUAUGCUAAUUACAUGUUAUAUUUUCAUAAGA